ACAACAGCAUCACCAACAACCACAACAGCCGAGGCAACAACCACGACUGCAUCUCCAACAACCGCAACACCGACUCCAACAACCACAACAGCAACAACCACAACAGCCGCACCAACAACCACGACUGCAUCUCGAACAACCACAACAGCCGCACCAACAUCCACAACAGCCGAGGCAACAACCACGACUGCAGCUCCAACAACAACAACACCGACUCCAACAACCACAACAGCAACAACCACAACAGCCGCAACAACCACGACUGCAUCUCCAACAACCACAACACCGACUCCAACAACCACAACAGCAACAACCACAACAGCCGCACCAACAACCACGACUGCAGCUCCAACAACCACAACAGCCGCACCAACAUCCACUACUGCAUCUCCCACAACCACAACAGCGGCACCAACAACCACAACAGCAGCACAAAUAACAACAACAGCAUCACCAACAACCACAUCAGCGUCAGCAACAACCACAACAGCAGCACAAACAACCACAACAGCAUCACCAACAACCACAUCAGCGUCAGCAACAACCACGACUGCAGCUCCAACAACAACAACAGCCGCACCAACAACCACAACAGCCGAGGCAAUAACCACGACUGCAUAUCCCACAACCACAACAGCGGCACCAACAACCACAACAGCAGCACAAACAACC